AUGCAAGUAACUUCUGAAGCGGUUUCGGGCGUUGCCCGUCGUUUAAAUGUAUCUGUACCGACGAGCCGUAUUAACGAGCAGUUUGAAGCUCGCUUGAAACGCACUGCCAAAACUGUGAAGAUCAACGGCUUCCGUCAAGGUAAAGUGCCAGUAAACGUUGUACGUCGUGAAUACGGCGCUGGUAUUUACCAAGAAGUUGUAAACGACAUCAUUCGUGACACAGUAUUUGAAGCAAUUCAACAAGAAAAAAUCAACGCUGUUGGUAUGCCAAACAUCGACAAAGUUGAAAACAAAGAUGAUGCUUUAGUUUAUCAAGCUACAGUUGAAGUUUAUCCUGAAGUUGAAGCUAAAUUUGAAGGUCUUGAAGUAUCACGUAAAUCAUCUGAAGUAACAGAUAAAGACGUUGAUGCAAUGCUUGAAAACCUUCAAAAGCAACGCGCUGAAUGGACUGAAACUAAAGGCAUGGCUAAAAAAGACAUGCAAGUAACUUUCGAUUUUGAAGGUACUGUUGAUGGUGAGAAGUUUGAAGGCGGUGCUGCUGAAGACUUUAAACUUGUUUUAGGUUCUGGUCGUAUGAUCCCUGGCUUCGAAGACGGUAUCGUUGGUAUGAAGAAAGGCGAAGAGAAAGUGAUUGAUGUAACUUUCCCUGAAGACUACCAAGCUGAAAACUUAGCAGGUAAAGCAGCUCAAUUCAAAAUCACAGUUAAACUUGUUGAAAAACAAAAACUUCCUGAAAUUGAUGCUGAAUUCCUUAAAAUCUUCGGUUUAACUGAAGAAGAAGGCGUAGAGAAAUUAAAAGCUGACGUUCGCAAAAACAUGGAACGUGAAGUAAAAAAUGGUCUACGUAACCAAGUGAAAGGUGCAACUUUUGAUGCACUUGUUGCUGCAAAUGACGUAGAAGUUCCUGAAUCUAUGUUGGCUCAAGAAAUUGACCGUCAACAUAUGGCUUCUUCUUAUGAAGAUCCAACUGAAGUGAUCGAAUAUUUCAAAACUGAUAAGCAACAACGUGCUCAAAUCGAAGGCGUAGUGUUAGAAGAUCAAGUUGUUGAUCAUAUCUUAGCUGCUGCUAAAGUAACUGAUGAAGUUGUUAGCUAUCAAGAUUUGUUAAAAGAGCAACAAGCGCGCCAACAAGGCUAA